AUGCAUCCAAACGUGCCUGAACCGGUCAAUAUGACAGGGUACGGACGAUGGGAGACUGUCAAGGCCCAUAGUCGCCGGUUUAUCAACAGUCGCCUGGUGCCAUUCAUCGUCGCUUUACUAGCCCCAGAAUGGAUCCUCCUAUUCAGUCAGGUUCAGUGCGCAGUAGCCACGCGUAUAGCAAAAAAGCAUGGUCUCUCGCGCAGUCAGGUUUUCUUCAUUAUAAUGGGUGGAUUCCACCUAUUCGAGCGCAAUGUGGAUAUCAUCAACAACUCGACAACUUUCCUUACCACAGAGGCGGCAAACGAGGUAGAAUUCACAACUUCCCGACUUCUUGCAACCGACGACACCGAAAUACCUCGCCACCCACUGGACCGGUUCGACGUAUUGGACCUCCUAUACGCGGGGAAACUAGAAAUGCCUCGCCCCGGUGAAAUCCAAGACAAGAGCAAAAAUGACUGGAUUGCCAAGACGACCGUUGUCGUACAGACGGCUUGGUUCAUUGCUCAAUGCAUUGGACGCAAAGCACAACGUCUCCCCCUCGCCGAGCUCGAAGUCAUCACUCUUGCGUAUACGCUUGUCAAUUUGAUGAUCUAUAUCAAUUGGUGGGACAAGCCCUACCAGGUCGCAGAGCCGGUACGCUACUACGGUGAGCUCCCCGAACGAGAUCACAAGCAUCCAAUGUCGAAAGAGAUUCCAAAGUUGCCAGUCAUCACGAGGAUGCUCCUAUACCUUGUAUGCAUACAGGACGAGUUCACAGACCUGCGCCGUCUGAAGCGAACUCCAACAUUCUAUACGGGUGCGACGAGCUAUGGUGAUGAGCAAUUUGCAUCUAUGCGGGGUCUAUGGAUCCUCUUUGUCGUCGGGACGGCAUUUGGGGGUAUCCACCUCCUCGCAUGGGCAUCAUUCUUCCCAACUCCCCUUGAACGUCUCCUAUGGCGCAUAUCUGCGAUUACGCUGACGGUGGGGCCAUUCCUAACCCCUACCCUGUCGAUCAUUUUCCUUGCACUAAUGAAUUGCUUCAAUACCUCCUCCAUAUUGAGGAUCAUAGUGUCGACCAUUAGUCCCAUCGUCUAUCUCAUUAGCAGAGGGAUAUCUAUGACAGUCGCGUUGACGACGUUGCGGAAUCUACCGCCGGAAGCAUAUCGAAACCUCGAAUGGUCAAACUUCCUCCCACAUACCUAA